GUAAGAAAAUCAAGCAAGUCUGCCGCCCUACCAGUACCUUCGCUUCAGACCUGCAGUUUUUUUCUUGUGCAAUGGACGGCCGCCUAGACGCUGACUUGUACCCCCUGGGAACCGGCUACGUCCCUGAACUCGAAAGUGUCCAUGACAUAUCAGUUGGCACAAAGAGGGGAUCCGACGAACUCUUUUCUUCCUGCAUACCCACUGGGCCCUAUAUCAUGAACUCAGCCAAUGGCAACGACAGUAAAAAAUUCAAAGGUGACGUGCGCAGUCCCGGUGUUCCGUCACGAGUGGUCCAUGUACGCAAGCUGCCCAACGACAUAAAUGAAGCAGAAGUUAUUGGGCUGGGACUGCCCUUUGGGAAGGUCACCAACCUGCUGAUGCUGAAAGGGAAAAACCAGGCAUUCUUGGAAAUGAACAGCGAGGAGUGUGCACAGACGAUGGUGAGCUACUACUCCUCUGUCACCCCCGUCAUCAGAAACCACCCCAUUUACAUGCAAUACUCGACCCACAAGGAGCUCAAGACAGACAACUCCCCCAACCAAGUGCGUGCCCAGGCAGCUCUGCAGGCGGUCAACGCGCUGCAUGGAGGCGGGAUGGGGGUCGGGAUGGGCGUCGGGAUGGGAGGCAUGGGCAUGGGAGGCAUGGCCAUCCCUGCAGAUCCUGCUGCCAUGGGAGGGGCAGGCUCCCAAAGCCCUGUGCUCAGAGUCAUCAUAGAAAACCUUUUCUACCCCGUCACCCUCGAUGUUCUGCACCAGAUUUUCUCUAAGUUCGGCACUGUGCUGAAGAUCAUCACUUUCACCAAGAACAACCAGUUCCAGGCUCUGAUCCAGUAUGCCGAUGGCUUGACAGCUCAGCACUCCAAACUGUCUCUAGAUGGACAGAACAUCUAUAAUGCCUGCUGUACCCUGAGAAUCAGCUUCUCCAAGCUCACCAGCCUUAACGUCAAGUACAACAACGACAAGAGCAGAGAUUACACCCGACCGGACCUCCCCACUGCUGACUCACAGCCCUCCCUCGACCACCAGACCAUGCAGGCAGCCGCUGCAUUUGCUGCUCCAGGUUUGAUCUCAGCCUCUCCUUAUGGUGGCGCUCAUGGCUUCCCCCCAGCCUUUGCCCUCCAGCAAUCAGGUCUGUCGAUGCCUGGGAUGCCCGGCCUGGCCUCUCUGGGCAUGGGCCAUGGUGGCAUGGCGGCUGCUGCAGCAGCUGCUAACAGGCUGGGUCUGUCAGGGCUCACUGCCUCUGGGGGACACAAUGUCUUGCUGGUCAGCAAUCUCAACCCUGAGAGCGUUACGCCACACUGCCUCUUUAUUCUUUUCGGUGUGUACGGCGAUGUGAUGCGAGUGAAGAUCCUGUUUAAUAAAAAGGAGAAUGCUCUGAUCCAGAUGUCUGAUAGCACACAGGCUCAGCUAGCUAUGAGCCACCUGAAUGGCCAGCGUCUCCACGGCAGGGCCAUGCGUGUGACUUCAUCCAAACACACCACCGUGCAGCUGCCCAGAGAGGGCCACGAGGACCAGGGCCUGACCAAGGACUACAGCAACUCACCGCUGCACCGCUUCAAGAAGCCCGGCUCCAAAAAUUACUCCAACAUCUUCCCACCCUCGGCAACACUCCACCUCUCCAACAUACCACCUGCCGUGGUGGAGGAGGACCUCCAGAGGCUUUUCGCCAGCUCAGGAUCCACAGUCAAGGCCUUCAAGUUCUUUCAAAAGGACCGCAAGAUGGCCCUGAUCCAGAUGAGCUCCGUGGAGGAGGCAAUCGAGUCCCUCAUCGAGUUCCACAACCACGACCUGGGAGAGAACCACCACCUCCGAGUGUCCUUCUCAAAGUCCACCAUCUGAGUGCCUUUCCUUCCUCCCUCCAAGUCUAUCGUCACCUGAAUGAAACUUAAUCAAGGUUGUGUUGGGUGGAAAUAGGCAUCAUUACAUAUGAAUGGCCGUGGUUCAUUGCAGAAUGUCGCUCUCUUAAUCAUUCCCAGUUGGGUUUCACAUUUGAUUCAAUCUGCGCAUUGAUUCCGAUUCAUAGUUCCAAAAUGCGUGGAAAACAAACAGCAUCGUGAGUUAUUUUGGUUAAAAGUGUCAUAAAAUACACCGUAUUUUUAAUUCGAACUUGACAAAUCGCUCGCGUUGCUUUCACUUGUUUUUAUUUGUGCGUUUAACAUUGGCUAAUUCUCUACAUGGUUAAACUACUCACAGGCCAAAUGGAACAUAAGCAAUGUAAAACAAUUGGCCAGCAUUUAGCGCAUUAAUCAGGAACUAGAAUCAAAGGAGUUUCUGGUUCCAGUUCAGGUUCCUGAUACCCAAACCAAAUCAUUCUUUGUUCCACCAUAUGGUUUUAAGUCGGGCCCAUCGAGAGGGGCCACAUUCUGCAGUGAACCGAGGUCUCGUAUCGGAGGUAAAGUAGAGGCAGCUGAUGAACUGUCACUUUAGACCAAAUCAUUAAAAAACAACAAAAAAACCACCCUCCACCACAGAUGCUCAUUGGGACGAAUCCUGUCCACACCAGACACACUUCAGCAUUCCUUUUACUACGAUAGUCGUGUGGAUAUAUCUUUGUGUGUGUGUGUGCCUUUUUGAAAUGCCACUUUGAACCUGUUGGCCAGUCAGAAACGGUUUGAUACAAAGGAUUUUGUUUUGGCUCACAGACCAUUUUUAUUUCCGCGUAUCCAUUUUGAUUUUUAGAUAUCUUGUUACUAUCCGCCUUUUUCUUCGGGGGAUCAAUACCACUAUCUGAAGUCAUUCAAUAAGCAUGUCUUUUUCUUUCUACAUCUAUAUCUACAGUCUCGUGCCUUACUUGGCCCCAACCAGGUUGCCUUAAGCAUUGCUCUGGAUUCAUUCGGGAAAGACGUGGCUCUUUUUUUCUUUCAUGCCUUCUGGUAUGUAGUGGCUCAUUCAAUCUUAAGAACACAGAUGUUUAUCUAAGGAUUUGUAUGCAUAUAUCCCCAUUUAUAUGUGUGUAGAAAUAUGAAUGUAAGUCAGUUAGAUACCUAAUAUCCUUGCUAGGUGAUGUAGCGCUGUUAGGUGUAUUGUGGCAGGAGUUAGAGCUGUGUCCAGCCUUCCUGUCUUACAGUCCCCACUCACCUCCAUGUAGUCCCUCCUCAGCAGGGACAAUGGUGUUCGGGGCGUCAUUUAACCAUAUUAAGUUCAUGUAUACGUGGACAUCUAUAUAUAUUCAUUUAUCUUUUCUUUUAAUGUUAGCAUUUACAUGUGUAUCACUUCUAAGCUUAACUGAUACCUAUAUGUAGUGGCUGGGUUUGAUCAUUAUCACAGUGCCUUGAGUUUUUUUUAAAUCUGAGGCUGAAACACUCUGGCCCGGUCAGUUGACUUUGUUUACCGCUCGUUCAGGUUUCUCUAAUCCCUCUGCAAAGAUGCCUUUAUAUCCAGGUGAUCCUACCUGUAAGAGGGCACAGCUUCAUUUGUCAACUGGGGUCCAAAAAACCCUAAACCCAGUAUAUAUUUUUUUUUCUAAAAUUCAGGAUUACAGGUGGGGGUAGCCCUCAGCGGUCCUCUCUGUCCCCCUCCGCCACAGUCAGGUUCCUUAGUGCACUUUUCCUCAACGAUAGGUCCAAAUUGGCACCAUCACGCUGAAGUCUUAAACGUCGUCACAUUCCUGCGUGCCUUCGUGCACCGGUUUCCGCAGCCCGGACCAGAUACAGACGAGCUCUUGUCUCUAUUUUUGUAAAAGAUUAUUAUGCAUGGUUUAACCAAGCUUCAUGUAGCUACAGGCGGUUAUUGCUGAUAAGGACCAAAGUAUCUUCUACCCCUGCUGUGUUGUGGUGUCGUGAUUUCUAAAGGUUGUUUUUUUGUUCUUUCACAUUUCCACCAAGUUCACCAUGGCUUCAGUUUCCCUCAUUUCCAUUUCUCAGAUGCCUUGGACAAAUGUCACAGGAAAUUGAGAUAUAUAUGUUGUGCAUCAGCCUAUACUGUAUGUGUAUACCUUUUUUUUUUUUGUUGAUCGACUUUACAAAGAGCCUACUUUGGUAGAUGGCUUUAGAAUGGAUACUUUAAUGAACCACAGUCGUAGCUGUGAUGUUGAUGGUGUAGAAGAUUAUAUGCCUUUUGAUUAUUUUGUUUAAAGCUUUUAUUUUUCUCUUUUUUUUUUAUAUGGGGGCGGGGUGGGGUUAUUGUAUGAUGCGGGAUUGAUGGUUGUAUAUACUCAUGUUUUUGUACCACAAAAUCAUUUGGAUUCUAUCCACUUUACGUUUCAAAACAUGUAUAUUUUGAUAAACAAUACAGACCUAUUAAGCUCUCUGGAGCUGUAAAAAAAAAAAACAACACACUUUUGUAACUCAAAAACAUUAAACCGAUCUGAACACAAGUGUCUCUGUAUGUGCCCCGCUCCCCACCUUACCAUUCUGUUCUUGUCUUUGCAUCUUCUGCUGCCUUCAAUAAAUCUUUAGUUUGUUCCUUC